AUGCCGGAGGUAAGAGAAGGAUUGAAGAUUUUGGUAAGAGAAGAGACAGUCACAGAAGAGAGAGGAUGGAUAAGGUGUGAUGGAAUGGUGUCAAGGGGAAAGAUGUCUUCUGGAUUUGUGGCGUGCGGAAUACAAUUGCGUCUCUGGCACUUGGGGCUGGUGCUUCUGACGCUGCUGCCCGGGUCCAGCCGGGCGCUGGUGUGUUUACCAUGCGAUGAGUCCAAGUGCGAGGAGCCCAAGAACUGCCCGGGGAGUAUCGUGCUGGGCAUCUGCGGCUGCUGCUUCAUGUGUGCCCGGCAGAAGAACGAGACCUGCGGGGGAGUCUACGGGCUGCAUGGAGCAUGCGACAGGGGACUGCGCUGUGUGAUCCGCCCCCCGCUCAAUGGCGACUCCAUCACCGAGUAUGAAGUGGGGGUCUGCGAAGAUGAGAAUUGGGAUGAUGACCAGUUACAUGGAUUUGAACCUUGCAAUGAAAAUUUUGUGACGGGAUGUAAUAUUAUUAAUGGGAAAUGUGAAUGUGACACCAUCCGGACCUGUAACAGUCCCUUUGAAUUCCCAAACCAGGACUCGUGUCUAACAGCACUGAGAAGAAUUGAAGAUGAAAAGCCUGACUGCUCAAUAGCCCGGUGUGAAGUACAGUUUUCUCCAAGAUGUGCGGAGGACUCUGUCCUCAUCGAAGGCUAUGCACCUCCUGGCGAAUGCUGCCCCCUGCCCAGCCGAUGUGUAUGUAGUCCAGCUGGAUGCUUGAGAAAAGUCUGCCAGCCUGGCUAUCUCAAUAUACUUGUGUCCAAAGCCUCAGGCAAGCCAGGGGAAUGUUGUGACUUGUAUGAAUGCAAACCAGUUUUCAGCGUCGAUUGCAGUACUGUGGAGUGCCCUCCAGUUCAACAGGUUGUAUGCCCGCCAGACAGCUAUGAAACACAAGUCCGACUAACGGCUGAUGGAUGUUGCACAUUACCAACAAGAUGUGAGUGUCUUUCCGGGCUUUGCAGUUUCCCAGUGUGUGAAGCCGGGUCAAUUCCUCGGAUUGUCUCACGAGGCAAUGGGACACCUGGAAAGUGCUGUGAUGUCUUUGAGUGUGUUAAUGAGACAAAGCCAACAUGCAUUUUUAAUAAUGUGGAAUACUACGAUGGAGACAUGUUUCGCAUGGACGCUUGCCGCUUCUGCCGAUGUCAGGGAGGAGUUUCCAUCUGCUUUUCAGCUCAGUGUGGUGAACUACACUGUGACCGCUAUUAUGUACCAGAAGGAGAGUGCUGUCCAGUCUGUGAAGAUCCUGUUUUCCCAGUGCAUGAUCCUGCUGGUUGUUAUGCUAAUGGACAGAUAAGAAGUCAUGGUGAUCGCUGGAGAGAAGAUGACUGCACCUUCUGCCAGUGCAUUAAUGGAGAACCUCACUGUGUGGCCACGGCAUGUGGACAAAGCUGUCUUAAACCAGUGAAAGUGCCUGGCGAGUGCUGCCCAGUGUGUGAAGAACCCACAUACAUCACUAUGGCACCACCAGCAUGUGAUCUGUUCACAAACUGCACACUGACCGACAGAGAUUGCAGUUAUGGAUUCCGGCUAGAUCAGAAUGGAUGCCGCACAUGUCAGUGCAAAACAAGGGAGGAGCUGUGUACGGGUCUCAUAUCCGGUUGUGCAUUGGACUGUCCAUAUGGCUUUCAGACACACAUCCACAAUUGUGAAAUCUGUCAGUGUCGACCACGGCCCAAGAAGUGCAAGUCCAUGGUCUGUGACAAAUAUUGUGCGAGUGGCUACCUGAAGAACAAGCAUGGAUGUGAAAUCUGUCGCUGUAAAAAGUGCCCUGAAGUUCCAUGCAGCAAGAUCUGUCCAAAUGGCUUUGAGCAAGACAGUCAGGGAUGCCUUAUCUGCAAAUGUAGAGAAACCACAGAAUCUCCAGUGCCACCAGUCCUAAAAGACACCUGUCUAUCAAUGGAUGGGAGACGACAUGAAAAUGAAGAGAGCUGGCAUGACGGAUGCCGCGAGUGCUAUUGUCUCAAUGGACGGGAGAUGUGUGCAUUAAUAACAUGCCCUGUUCCUGGAUGUGUCAACCCCACUAUACUUCCUGGGCAAUGCUGUCCAUCUUGUUCAGAUGACUCCAGUGGGAAAAGAACAGAUUUCACUGACCCAUCAAUUUGCCAUGCUCCAGGAGGGGAGUACUUUGUUGAAGGAGAGACGUGGAACAUUGAUUCUUGUACUCAAUGUACCUGUCAUAGUGGAAGAGUGCUAUGUGAAACUGAGGUCUGCCCUCCGCUGCUUUGUCAAAAUCCUAUGCGUUCUCAGGACUCCUGCUGCCCACAUUGCCCAGAUGAAUCUCUGCAGCCCUCAGUGCCCAGCAAUGAGAGCCUUCCCAGCUACUGCAAAAAUGAUGAGGGUGACAUUUUCCUGGCAGCAGAGUCCUGGAAACCCAAUGUUUGCACUAGCUGUGUCUGCAUGGAUGGAAAGAUAAGCUGCUUCGCAGAAACCUGUCCACCUGCAACCUGUGCAAGGCCAGUCUUGAGGAAGGGCCAGUGCUGUCCAUACUGCAUAGAGGAUACAAUUCCAAAGAAAGUGGUAUGUCAUUUCAAUGGCAAGACAUACGCUGAUGAGGAAAGAUGGGACAUUGACAGUUGUACACACUGCUAUUGCUUACAAGGACAGACACUUUGCUCUACGGUUAGCUGUCCACCUUUGCCAUGUGUGGAACCAAUUAAUGUUGAAGGAAGCUGCUGUCCCAUGUGUCCAGAGAUGUAUAUUCCUGAACCCACCAACAUCCCUAUUGAGAAGACAAAUCACCGAGGAAGGAAAGAACAUAACACCCCUCAAUGGCCAACACCCAGUGAGAAUGAUAUUCUCCACCAUAGAGAAAUGGGACAUCUAAAAGUGAACUACAGGGAAGGAGACAGAUCUCGACCCAGUGAAGACGCCUCUCUUCAUUCAGUUGCAUGGGUGGCAGUCCCAAUAAUGACAGCCCUUGUCAUCAUCAUAGUCCUUCUUCUCAUCAAUCAGAAAAAGCAGUGGAUUCCAGUACCUUGUUACCGGACUCCUACCAAGCCAACCUGCCUGAACAACCAGUUGGUGUAUGUGGACUGCAAGAAAGGAACUAUGGUACAAGUGGACAGCUCACAAAGGAUGUUAAGAAUGGCAGACCCGGACUCUAGAUACAGCGGCUUCUACAGUAUGCAAAAGCAGAACAACCUUCAGGCAGAUAAUUUCUAUCAAACUGUGUGAGGAAUGCUCAGACAACUAAGAUAUGGAUUUUUUUCCUUUUUUAAAGGAAAUGAAAACAGACAAGAGGAUGGGAAAAGACUAAAGCCUGCUAUAUAACUAAAAUAAACUAGAAACGUGCACUUGCUCAUUGGAUUGUGUGACAUGUACUGCCAAUACCUUACUGAGACGAACUCUUGUCUCCUGCAAUGUGCCAAAACAAACAUUCCCACUUUCCCUUUGUAAGAACUGACCAAGUGUUUUCUUAGUACCAAAGUUUGGAGAACUGGCUCAUACAUAUCUGCUUAUAACAUAGCUGUAAAAAAGUUUUCUUUUUUUCUGGUUUGUUGGGUUGGUGGUUUGGGGUACCGACAAUGGAGAGGUCACAUGAGAUUAAGAGGAUGAAGACAGGAGGAAAGCAAAUGCGGUUAGCGGGGCAAUCGAUUUAUUUUCACAAAAUUGAUCACAUUGUCAAACCACGCACAUGUAAUAAUGGAAAUUUCCGCAUCCCGACUUAAAGACAUUGGCUUCUCUUGCAUCUGAGAUUCUAUAUAUGUGUCAAACAACAAAAAUAAGGCUGAUCAGAGUGAUCUUUACAGUUGUUAAGAUUGUUGAGGUCUAAAUAUGCUACAGUAUAAAUCACAGCCAUAGUUAUGCUGCAAUUACUUUUUUCCUUUCUAAAAUGAUCUCUUUACAUAUGUAUAAAGGAAG